CCAGAUGGAGAAGUAGAUCUAGAACGGGACUUUCGAGAACCACUUCUAGAGCGAUCGGAUCCUUUUGAAUUGCUUCGUGAUCUAUUUGAUCCUUUAGAACCACUUCGGGAACGUCUGGAUGCAGCAGACCCACUUCGAGAACGUUUCGAUGCAGCAGACCCACUUCGGGAACGUCUGGAUGCAGCAGACCCACUUCGUGAACGCUUCGAUGCAGCAGAACCACUUCUUGAACGUCUGGACACAGCUGAACCACUUCGUGAACGUUUCGAUCCAGCAGACCCACUUCGUGAACGUUUCGAUGCAGCAGAACCACUUCGAGAACGUUUCGAUCCAGCAGACCCACUUCGUGAACGUUUCGAUGCAGCAGAACCACUUCGAGAACGUUUCGAUCCAGCAGACCCACUUCUAGAACGUCUGGAUGCAGCGGAACCACUUCUAGAACGUCUAGACGCAGCAGAACCACUUCGGGAACGCCUGGACGCAGCAGAACCACUUCGUGAUCGUUUUGAUGCGGCAGAUCCACUUCGUGAACGUUUCGAUGCCGCGGAUCCACUUCGUGAACGCUUUGAUGCGGCAGAACCACUUCGGGAACGUUUCGAUGCCGCGGAUCCACUUCGUGAACGUUUUGAAGCAGCAGAUCCACUUCUUGAACGUUUUGAAGCAGCAGAUCCACUUCUUGACCGCCUAGAUGCAGGUGAACCAUUUCUUGAAUGUUUUGAUACAACUGAGCCACUUCUUGAUCGCCUAGAUGCAGCUGAACCACUUCGUGAACGUUUCGAUGCAGCAGAGCCACUUCUUGAUCUUCUAGAUGCAGGUGAACCGUUUCUUGAAUGUUUUGAUGCAGCUGAACCACUUCUUGAUCUUCUAGAUUUUGCUGAUUCGCUUUUUACAGAUGUAACAGAAUUACUCCUAGAUUUUCUUAAAUCGGGUGAUUUACUAUUAGAUUUUCUUGAAGUAUUUGAACCACUCCUGGACCUUCUAUUAUCUUGUUCCACAUUGCCGUUGUGUAAAUUCACAUUGCUGUCAUCACAAUUAUUUUCAUAA